AAUCAGUCUCUUGAUUCAUAACAAAUUUUUAAUAAUUUAGCUUCCGAAAUGUCAUCUAAAUCUCUUCAAGCGGAAUUUCCAGUGCAUUGGCUGGUAUGGCACAAUGAUUAUGAAGAACUAGAUAAACUUUUGCAAGCCGGUGAGAUAAACAAAGAAAAGCUGGAUCCCAGGGGUCGAACUGCUCUACACUUGGCAGUAACACUUGGCAACCUUGAGAGUGCACGUGUACUAAUGCGACAUGGCUGUGAUGCAAACAGAGAAAACACCAAGAACUGGACAGCCCUUCAAGAAGCUAUAGCCACUGGUGAUCCAGAGCUCGUCCAGCUGGUUCUACAAUACAGGGACUACCAGAGGUAUACACGGAGGGCAGAGGGGGUACCUGGGCUCCUACAAAAACUGCGAGAGGCCUCUGAUUUCUAUGUUGAAAUGAAAUGGGAAUUCACAAGCUGGGUGCCAUUGGUGUCAAGGAUGUGUCCCAGUGACACAUACAAGGUAUGGAAAAGUGGUGCAAAUGUACGUAUAGACACAACCCUAUUGGGCUUUGACAAUAUGAACUGGCAGAGAGGGAGCAGGAGUUUCAUAUUCAGAGGCCAAGUGAAUUCUGCAGUUGCUAUGGAAGUCGACCAUGAUGCAAGUGUCGUAUACACAGAGACCAUGCAAGUCCUCCCUGGACCAGUUGACCCCAAUUUACUGAGGCCCCAUGAAGACGCUGUUGCUGCACGUCUAACAACACCACUCGUUACCACAUAUGUAGAUACAGAUAAAAUAUCUUUUGAAAGGAAUAAAACUGGAAUAUGGGGUUGGAGAAGUGAAAAGUCAGAAACUGUAAAUGGCUACAACUGUAAGGUGUUUAAUGCAACAAACGUGGAACUUGUCACAAAAACUAGAACAGAACACAUGACAGAACAAGACAAAAAGAAAAAUCCCGCCCAGGCUCGAAAUCCGCUCGAAUCAUUUUUAGGCUUUGCUGAAAAAGAAGAAAAAGUCCAAGGAGCUAAUAAUGGAGAAAUCCUAGAGCACGAAAGACUCUACAAUCCUAGUCACAUAACACCAGAGGAAUAUUUCAAUGAUAGAAUAGAGCUUGGAGAUCGUGAUAUUGGGCGCCCCAUAGAACAAUCUACCAAAAUACAAAAAUUCAAGGCAAACCUCUCUCUUUGUGAAGACUACCCGUUGUCACUACAGGAGCAGGUGAUUCCGAUCAUAGAUCUGAUGGCUACUAGUAACGCACACUUCGCUAAACUACGAGAUUUUAUUACUCUUACAUUACCAGCAGGCUUUCCAGUUAAGAUAGAAAUUCCACUUUUCCAUGUUCUCAAUGCAAAGAUUACCUUUGGAAAUAUAUUCGCUCGGGAUUCACCAAUUGAAGGAGUCACCAUUGUUGAAGAUGGUGAUAUUUCUACCUGUAUCGUUGAAGAUAACAUUUUUGAAGCACCAGCAUCUUUCUCAAGGAUAGGUGAAUCUGAAGCCAGUGUAACUCACAGACAUGAGAGAGUGAGAGAUGAAGAUGAUGAGCUUCUACAGUUUGCAAUACAACAGAGUCUACUUGAGGCAGGGACUGAAGAUGAUAAGGUAACUUUUUGGGAGGCGCUGAACAAGUCACGUCCUAAUGGUGUCCCAGGUGGAGAGGGGCCACAGUCACUACCCAGAAGUCUACAAACAGAGGAGGAGAGACAGCUACAACGAGCCAUUGAAGCCAGCCUUGGGAUGGAUUCCCAGAAUCCACCAGCCAACGGGCCCCUGUCUGACAUCAAAGAGCCAUCUAUCUGUACACAGCCCCCUGCCAUCUUGAGUGAUGCAGCCCAAUUAAGGCUUGCCAUGGAGCUUUCACAGAGAGAGGAUGCAGAAAGGGAGAGAAGACGAAAACAAGAGGAGGAAGAGCUAGCUCAGAUUCUACAGCUCUCAUUAACAGAAAAAUAAACAGAGCUAGCUCAGAUUUUAAAGUUUAUAUCGUAUGCAUGUGAAUGAUGGCAUCACCUUAUUCCUCCCAAUUAUAUGGGAUGUGAGAGAUGCUGUCAAAGUAGAAAUGGACAGAUUGCUUUUCAUAACAUUCACAAGAAAAACUGACAUUUCUUCUGAUUAUAAUGCCAUUGGCUAACAGCUUCAAAGAGACUUGUCCCAAGCUUCUCUGAUUACAUAUUGGUUCAGCCAACUUGAGUAUUACAUUAAAAAGAACUUGUGUAUGUGAGCAUUUCACUAAAAGGCAAACCUCUCGAUGUAAACUUAUUUAGCUGGUCCCAGUGGCGCCAGGUUUAUACAGUGUCAGUUUAGGUAGAGAAAAAGAUGGGUUGUGGAUUUCGCAAGACCCAACCCUUUCAUAUUAUAACUUACAUAGCUUCCAACAUAUAGAGUCCUUGGAUAAUGAAUCUUGACAAUUGCAGUCAGUCAGAAAGCAUGCAUAGUAGAUUAGUAAUGAUACAUUUUUCCUGCAUGAGAUUUUGUAAUUGACCAGUAUAU